AAGCCCAAACCAAUAGGAAUAUCAUAUCGCGCUCCUAAAAGGCUAAAACCCUUAAACCCUCUGGAACUCCAAUCCAAGCUAUUUCCAGAUCUCAAUUCUCCACCCUCACAUCCCUCCAAUGGCUUCCGCCUGCAGACAAUUCGCCAGCAGAGCAUCCCUAUCGUCCAUCCGAUCCGCCAUCAGAUCCAACGCCCCUAAAUCCCCCUCCUCACGCUUCCCCCUCCCCACCUCCGCCCCCUCCUCCGCUCCAGUUCGCGGCUUCUCAAUCUCCAGGUCUACGGGCGUGUUGGGAUGCGUGCAGUCGCUGCUGCCGCUCCACAGCGCGGUGGCGGCGGCGAGGCUGACGUCAGCGCUGAGCACAACUUCGAGGAGUUGCCGGGCGCUCUCACAGGGCACAUAAUAUCCAUAUGCUUGAAAGAAAUAAACCGGACCCGCUAAUUAUGGCCUGCUGCUCAUUACCAAGUACGAAGCUAUGAGUUUCCCUCAAAAACCUUAAAAAUGUUGGAGUAUGUUAGCUUAGAGACUUCCAUUCCAUCUAUGUCUGAGGACUGAUUUUUCAAUUUGGUUGGCUGUAACUGCACUUUCCAUGUUUUGGCUCUGUGUUAUGGGCUUUCACUUUUGGUUCUUGUGCGUAUAUAUGCAGAUUAGUAAUGUGUGCCAAUUAAUCUAGGAUGAUGUUAUGAUAAGUUUCCGUUAGGAUGUGUUACAGUUAAUUGUCUUUGUAUUGCCAGUAUACAUUGAGACAUGUUUUAGUAAGUUGUCUAUAGACUUUGUGUGCUCACCAUAUUAUAUAUUUAUCUUAAAACUAAUUGGUUAAGUUUAAUGCUGGUAUGGAAAGAUAGUAUGACUUGAUGCAAACAAUACAUAAUUUGGCGUUUUAGCUUAAAUUUGUUGAACUUAAUACAGUAAUUUUUUUUUAAACAAAUAGAAGUGGUUUGAUAACAUAGC